AUGCGCGCUUCAUUCAUCCGUAGAAUAACCUUCGCGUUGGAUGAGAUGCAAGGGGACGAGGCUCUCGGUAGGCUGCUGGCCCUUCCGCGUCAGGUCAACCAUGUCGUGGUCUAUGGCCCAAAUACCGGAGUUGACGCAGACCUCGUCCAGCUCCUGGCUGACCUGGCUCGAGGGGCAGUGGUACCUUUUUUGCCAACUGGUAUCGUGCCGGAAGAGGCACUGCAUAUUUCCCGGCAAUACGAGUCCAGCACUGUCCUGGCCAGUCAAAACCACCUUCAGGCAGCUAAAAGCAUCCGAGAUUAUGCCGUUUCUCAUGGUUUUCCCGUCGUGGUGUUUCCAAUCCAGAUCAAAACGUCGCCAGCCAUCGAACUUGAUAGCCCAGCAUCGGCAUUAUAUCCUAGUCUGGAUAUUCCUGAGGCUCAUCCUGGCCUGCUCCUUCUCACGUCGGGCUCAACAGGUUCUCCUAAAGGGGUGGUGCAUCCACGACGUCUGUUCUAUGAACUGCACAGAAGCGGCUCGUCAGGUGAGGUGCUCCUGAACCACAGGCCUCCGCACUGGGCCGGCGCUAUUCUCCCAUUAUUUCGGCAACUUCUGGCCGGCGCCCGCAUAGAGGCCAUUGCUUCUGAGCCCUUCGUUCUUUGGGAACGUUUGCGAGUAGGCGGGGUGACUCUGCUCAUGGGGCCGCCACGUUUCUGGAUCCUGAUGAUGAGUUACUAUCAGGACCAUAUUACGCUCAAGUUGCCAUUGAGAGAGGUCGAGGGAUACCUCUGCGGAGCCCAGCGGCUUCGCUGUGCCCGUGUGAGCGGCAUGAUGCCACAUACUGCCGUGCUCCGGUUUUGGCGAGAUGAGAUCGGUCGACCACUGCAGGUCUUUUACAACACUACCGAGCUUUGCGGUGGGUGCUUACCUACUACCCCUUGGACAAAGUCAGAUGAGAAGCAGCUUGACCGUUGCAUAGGAGGACCGAGCCGAAGUUUGACGGUCCGCUUGUCGGAAGGCGACCUUGGAGAACUGCUGGUCAAGGCCGCGGCGAUGUUCACACAGACAGGGGACCCCGUCCGUCGCUUGGGAGACGACUACUGCAUCGACGGGCGGGUGUCAUCGGAUUGUAAGCAGACCAGCGCUCCCAGCCAUCGUAAAUCUCCUGGGCUCCUCGUACUGACCGGCCUUUCGAGCUAUGCAGUUGUCAAGUUCCGCGGCUAUAAAGUUCCAAUCCUUGGAGUAGAGAUGCAUCUGCCAGACCUUCCGUUCAUCGCCGAGGGCUGCAUCCUCACAGCGACAUCCGAGGACAACGGUGGGCAAGUCGCGGCCCUGGUGCGGUUCCAGGCUGAUGCAGGGACCGUGCCACAACCAGACCAGUCAUGCCUGAAGUUCGUGCAGGAGAGCCUGGCCCCUAGUUUGCCAGCGUAUAUGCUCCCAACAAUGCUACGAGGUUUGCAAGAUGGAGAGGAAAUCCCCCGGUCCAUCUCCCUCAAGGCUCUCCGCCGCAAGGCUGUGGAGCAGCACUUUGCCUUGUCGGACAACGUGAAAUUGCCCCUAGAUGUAGAGUGUCGUUGUGUCGAUCAGGAUGCGCUUUCCAGGCCACUGAGAGCUUGGGACUGGGGCAGCCUGCAGUCUGCGAGAGAGGUCUAA